ACUGAGAGCGAAAACCAUUCGUCACCAGUGUGUCUCCCGCAGCAGACAUAACCAGAAUGCUGACAAAGAUCUUCCUACUGGGUGCCGCCACCUUCGCUCUCCUCCAUACAGGAGAGGCGCUGGUGGCUCGCCUCGAGGACGUUCCCAACCCCUGUAAAACGACUGGCAUGAAACCUUUUGACUACAGCCAGUUACUGUGUAUGUCGGUCCUAUUCUACGAGGCUCAACGCUCUGGUGAACUGCCCGGGGAUCAGCGACUCACCUGGCGGGGAGACUCAGCCCUUAAAGAUGGUUCUGAUGUCGGCCACGAUCUUACUGGUGGAUAUUUCGAUGCUGGUGACUUUGUGAAAUUUGGUUUCCCGAUGGCUUUCAGUACCACCCUCCUGGCCUGGGGCCUUAUCGACUUCAGUAAUGGUUAUUCUUCUGCAGGUCAGACCAAUCAUGGCAAAGCAGCUGUUAAAUGGGCCACUGACUAUUUCCUUAAGUGUCACACCGGUCACUACGAAUUCUACGGUCAGGUUGGUGACGGCCACAUCGAUCACGAUUACUGGGGACGGCCUGAGGAGAUGACCAUGAAGAGACCUUCCUUUAAGAUCGACAGCAGCAAACCAGGCACUGAAUUGGCUGGCGAGACUGCUGCUGCCCUCGCCGCUGCCUAUAUGGUGUUCAAGAGUUCGGACGCCAGCUACUCCAAACAGUUAUUAUCAACGGCUAAAGAACUUUAUCAGUUCGCCAACGAGAAGCGAGGCAGCUACAGCGACUCCAUCCCAGAGGUCAAAGACUUCUACAAGUCGUGGAACGGGUUUGGUGACGAGCUGCUGUGGGCCGCUGCCUGGCUGUACAGAGCAACUGGGGACACAACCUACCUAGACAAGGCCAAAGAACACUGGGACGAAUUCGAUCUGGGUGACCCCCCGACAGAGUUCUCCUGGGACUCCAAGGCUCCAGGUGCCUAUGCAGUCUUGGCUCUUGCCACUGGUAAUGAUCUGUAUAAGAACACCCUCAAGACCUGCUUGGACAACAUGAGGCACGACCUGCCCUACACCCCCGCCGGCCUGGUCUUCGUCAACGACUGGGGCUCCAACAGACACGCCGCCAACCUCGCCAUGUUGGCCAUGGUGGCAGGCAAGUUGAACAUCGACGCCAGCACCAACAGGCAGUGGGCGAAGAAGCAGAUCGACUACAUGCUGGGUGAUCCUCUACACUCCUACGUGGUGGGCUUCGGUAGCAACCAUCCUAAGAAGCCUCAUCAUGCCUCCUCUUCCUGCCCCGACAUGCCAGAGAAAUGUGACCCUAACUGGGCCAUGAACCAGGAUGGCCCUAACCCCCAGACACUGUGGGGCGCGCUUGUUGGUGGUCCCUCACAAGACGACUCGUACAGUGACAGCCGCCCAGACUACCAGCAUAAUGAGGUGGCGUGUGACUACAAUGCCGGCUUCACCGGUGCUUUGGCUGGCCUGGUAGAACACCACUAGACCCCCUCACAAGCCCGAUCAACCCCUACUGCCACGUCCAUGGUCUGGUCGAACACUUCUAGCGCCUCUCCGGACAUGAUCGAACACUUCUAGCGCCUCUCCGGACAUGAUCGAACACUUAUAGCGCCUCACCGAACAUGAUUGAACACUUCUAGCGCCUCUCCGGACAAGAUCGAACACCUCUAGCGCCUCUCCGGACAUGAUCGAACACUUCUAGCGCCUCUGCGGACAUGACCGAACACUUCUAGCGCCUCCCCGGACAUGAUCGAACACUUCUAGCGCCUCUCCGGACAUGAUCGAACACUUCUAGCGCCUCUCCGGAGAUGAUCGAACACUUCUAGCUCCUCUGCGGACAUGACCGAACACUUCUAGCGCCUCUACGGACAUGAUCGAACAUUUCUAGCGCCUCUCCGGACAUGAUCGAACACUUCUAACGCCUCUCCGGAGAUCAUCGAACAUUCAAUAGAUUAACCGAACACAUAUAGCACUUCGCUCAGGGGUUUUACGUCCUCUUGGUGAAUGAAUUCUUCUUUCAAUUUAUUCUUAAGAUUAAUAAACUAAUACAGAUUACAGAUUGCCCACGAGAGGGCUAGUUUAUUGGGCACCCCCUUACAUCCUGUGCAAGGUUAAUAAACUAAUAUUGAUGCA